UAUAUUACACAGUAACUACAUUGUGCUUUAAGUAUAAGGUCAGAACAAGCCCCCAGGAAUAAAACCUACCAUUAACAACUGAGAACGCUAUUUCACAGUAUCAUAUGUACUGUAGCCACAGGUAAAACUGUGCUUGUUUACAAAACUGUAUCUGAUGACCAUCAUAUCAGUUUCUUGUUUGAUAGCGAAAGGGGAAACAAAGUUUAAUACUUCACACUUAUGUCAAGCAGAUGGUAACUGCAGCUGUUGGUUUGACCAUCCAGACAGACAUAUUCUGUCUGUAUGAUUCAUAUCUCUGGCCGCUGACUGCAAGCAUGUCGUCUUAACCUCAAUGGGGCCUGUGGUCUGUCCCUGAACUCACCAUCCCAUGACUGCCUUCUGCUGCACAUGUGAGUACACCAAAGUGAAACCAACAUAUUCACACAUACACACAGCUCUUUUCAUGAGGAGCACAUGAUCAUUGUAUAUAUAAAUACUGGAGUGCAGGGUUAGAUUUUUAGAGUCACAACAGCUAUAUGAUAUCUGUAUGUUCAAGAGCUUAAACAGCUGCCGUAACAAGAUGAAGCUGUGCAUCACCUUCAUGUGUCUGGCCCUCAUUGUUGUCAUCAAUGGUAUGCCGCCAAUAAGUCGGGACUACAACACACAUUGUCGGUGCCUGCAAGUGGAGUCGAGGAUCAUCCCCCCAGACAGUCUGAAGAGCAUCAAGCUCAUCCCUGAAGGCCCUCACUGCCCAGAUACAGAAGUCAUAGCUGGGCUGGCAAGCGGGGAGAAGGUCUGUUUGAAUCCUCGGUCCUCCUGGGUGAAGAAGCUGAUCCACUAUGUUCUUGAAAAACAGCUACAUCAGCAGGGAGGAGCACUUCCAAAGAAUCAAGCCUAAAUAGGGUAAUUCAAAUUAAAACCAUGUUGCAGUUAAACUUGCCAACAGUAACCUCUCCUGCAACAAUGAGCCAUGCUGUCUUACUUUAAAGGAUAACAAAUGUUUUUAUCUGGUUUGUUAUUUUUAUACAUUCUUUUUUUAUGGUUUCUGCCGUUUUAUUUCUUUGUGUUUCCUCUUAAGAAUUGUAUUCCCAAUGACACUGAUUCUGAUUAAGCUUCAUAAACAUCAUUCAUAAAUAAUCA